AUUUCCACACUAUAAAUAAAAAAGCCUUGCAACUUUAACCAUACCCAAACAAAACUACAACUAAAAAAUUUAGCAAUGCUCUGUUUCUCUCAAUUUCCUAUCCCUCUCUUCUUUUUCCUCUCUAUCCUCCUUACCCUCCAACACCAUUGCCUCGCAAACUGCCACGUGGACGAUGAGACCGGGUUGUUAGGAUUCAAAUCGGGUAUCAAAUCUGACCCGUCAGGUCUUCUAUCAAGCUGGAAAUCAGGUACCGAUUGUUGUAAAUGGUCGGGUAUAUCUUGUGGGGAAAACAAUCGGGUCACAAGUCUAUCAAUUGAUGGACAACCGGGGAAAAACCAAGUCUUAUCUGGUACCAUCUCACCAUCUCUCUCCAAACUAAAAAUGCUAACCAGUAUUUCUCUUACAAAUCUAAAAAACUUAGCUGGUACACCAAAUUUCCUCCUUUCGUUUCCUAAUAUUCAAAUAGUUUAUCUCGAAAACAAUAAUUUGUCAGGUCAAAUAUCCCCAAAAAUUGGUAACUUGACCCAACUUUUUGCACUUAGUUUUUGGGGUAACAAGUUAACCGGGCCGAUACCAAGUUCUAUGGGGCAGUUAACUCAGUUGAGUCAGCUCAAACUCGGUGAUAACCUGCUCACUGGCACAAUUCCCAGUACAUUCGACAAACUCAAAAGCUUAACUUAUUUAAGCUUAGAAAAAAAUCAACUUAGUGGGUCGAUACCAAAUUUUUUCAAUUCUUUAUCUAAUCUCAGAAUAUUAACACUUUCUCACAACAAAUUUACUGGCAAUAUUCCAAGUAGUAUAACUACUUCGGCUCCAAUAUUAAGGUUCCUUGAGGUAGGGCACAAUCAUUUAUCCGGGAAAAUCCCAGAUUUUCUCGGAAAAUUUCGUUCCCUAGACACAUUAGAUCUUUCUUAUAACAAAUUCUCGGGAACAGUGCCAAAAACUUUUGCGAAUCUUACCAAAAUCUUCAAUCUCAAUCUAUCUCAUAAUCUUCUAGUGGAUCCGUUCCCAACAUUAUUUGUAAAAGGCAUUGAAUCUCUAGAUCUGUCGUAUAAUAAUUUCCAUUUAAAUACGAUACCAAGUUGGGUAACUUCAUCUCCGAUUAUAUACUCAUUGAAGCUAGCAAAAUGCGGGAUCAAGAUUAAAUUGGAUGAUUGGAACCCAAAAACAACGUAUUUUUACGACUAUAUUGAUUUAUCGGAUAAUGAAAUUACUGGAAGUCCAAUUGGGCUGUUGAAUAAGAUUGAUUUCUUAAUCGGAUUUUGUGCUGCUGGGAAUAAAUUAAAGUUUGAUUUGGAGAAAAUGAAGAUUGUUAAGACACUUAAGGAAGUGGAUUUGUCUAGAAAUAUGGUUUAUGGGAAAGUUCCAAAGGAAAUUAGUGGACUAAACAAGUUGAAUUUGAGUAAUAAUCAUUUGAGUGGUCAACUUCCACCAACAAAGUUUAAGGCUAAUUCAUUUGCUGGAAAUAAAGGACUUUGUGGUUCACCGUUGCCCCCUUGCAGAAAAGCUUAGUGUUAUCAAUGAUUAGAUUGUGUUAAAUUUUAAUUAAUUAUUAUGCUAUGCUAGUACAAUAAUGAUUUAGUAUUUUGACAAUACCUUGCACUUUGUUUUUGUUCAAUAAAUAUGUUUAGUAAGUGGGACUUCCCAAAUUUAAUAAUGAGAUCUUUAGUUGGUAUACUUAAA